CAGGCCACGGAGGCGCGCAUCGCGCAUCUUCCUCGACUUCAGCCAAUCGGCUCGCGGGCCCGGGCCUGGCGCGUGGCCCGGCCGGCCAAUCCCCGCCGGGGACGCCUCAUAGCGUGCCCUUUGCCCUCUCACGUUCGAAUCCCCGCCGCCAAUCGCGGGGCGGAAGAAGGCAGCUCGCUCUUGUUUACUGUCUAGCGGCCGCCGGAGCGCGCUUUGCCUCCCUGCCAAGCGCACGCGGCCUGCUGAGCGCGCAGACAUGCAGGAGAACAACAUCCUUCUGGGGCAUAAAAUAUGGAAAAUUUGGAUUUGGUGAAAAUUGUGCAAGAAAGUCCGCUGUCUUCUGUAGAAUCUGACAUCAGAAAUACGCACAACACUGGCUGCAACUUAAAUACUAACAGCAGAAGUAGUCCCUUGUCCAAUCCAAAUGGAGUUUCCAGUUUCUCAGGGAAGACCAGCCCGUCUGUAAUUCCUGGGUCUGUUGAAGUGUUGGCUUCCUUUAUGCAAGAUAUUCAAAAGACUGGAAGGACUGACUCAGAAAUUUUGCAGAACUGUGAGACAAGGUGGCUGCAGUUAUUCAAACUGGUGGAGAAACAAUGUCAGGAACAAAUAGUUGCCCAACAAGAGCAGUUCCACCAUCAAAUCCAACUUGUUCAGAAUGAGAUAUGGCAGUUAUUGAAGUUACAGAACAGUAAUGUUUCUUGGGAUUCCAGCAACUGCAGGAGUUCUCCUGCCAAAUUUACAAAGAAUUUUUCUUCAUUAGAAAGUCAAAUGGGGUUGAGGUCUGAGACCCUUCAGGAAAAUGAGCCGAUUGUCAAUCAACUUAAGUCUAAUGAAGCUGAAAGUCAGCCAAAAGCAUCUGCUGUGCAUCAAGAGUGUUUUGCAAAUACUUUCUCAAUGAACAGUGCCUAUGGUACCCUUACUGCUUCAGAACUGAAUCCCAGCAAAUCCAUGGACAUUAAAAAGUGCAUGGAAUACACAGAAAAGAUUUCCAAAGGACAGGGAGAUGCACUAGUGACACAGGGGAAUGUGGUCGUAGCCAGCGUACAAACAAAAAGAGAAUGUGCCCAAAAAACUGAGGACUCUUGUCCAUCACUAAAAGACGAUAUUUUAGUUUUUCCUGCUGCAUUUGAACAUAAGUUUAAUGAGGAUCAAUGUGGAAAAACAAACUGUAAAUCUCUAACGUCAUGGGCACAAAAGCUGAAACAAAGCCAAUCAAAAAAACCAAAUGUGGAAGAAGAAGGGCAUGUGAACUCUAUGCAACAAAAUGAGCAAGGAAAGAAAUUAACAUUUGAGACUAUUAAUCUUACUGAUGCUGCUUCACCAUCCUAUGCUUUUUACCUCAGCCAGCCAAAUGAAAGUCCAAGUUCCUUAACAUCUGAAGCUUCAGGGCUUACAUAUUGGAAACUAGAUGAGAAGGAGCUAUAUCACCCUUUGCCUGAGAAUUUCAAGAAUGAAUUUUCUAAUAUUUUCUCCACAAAGCUGUCGUCAGAUCAGUUGUCUUCUGGUGAAGAAAUGAAGCCGUCAUCAUUGAAGGAUAUUUAUCAUAAAAAGCAAAAGGAAAAUAAGCAGCUGCCAGAAUGGAAUCGAAUUUCUCCUUCUCAACCGAGUCACCCUCCAGAGGUUUUAACACUGGACCCGACACUGCACAUGAGACCAGGUCAGCAUAAUCCAGGACAUUGUUUUUUCAGUACCUCUGAAGAGAAGACUCCUUUUUCCCCGGACUCUAUGGCAGAUCCCACUUUCUCCAGUCAUUCUGACACAGACUUGUCUUCACAUGCAAGUAAUAUAACUUCACCUCAAUUAGAAGGUUCCCCAAAAUAUCCUUCUAGCACUAAAGCCAUAUAUCUGGAUCCCUGGAAAAAUCAUGGCUUCCAAAAUGAAACCAAGACCACCUGUUCUUUUCCCAUGGCAUAUGCUGAUGCUGGUAAUAUUUUAAUCCACACCGAGGAUGAAGAAAGUUUAACUUUAACUCCAUCUUCAAUUACCCAGUCACAAUUUCCAUGUGCUGCCAGCAGUUUACCAGAAUAUAGUGUUUCAGUGGCAUCCUUUGAAGAUCCUGUGGUGUUGUCAAAGAUUAGGCAGAACUUGAGGGAAAAACAUGCCCGACAUAUAGCUGAUCUACGAGCUUAUUAUGACUCAGAGAUCCAUAGUUUAAAACAGCAACUAGAGGCGAGUCAUAAAACUGCUUCGUCUGAAGAUUUGAAGAAAAUCAAUCAAAAUCUUGUGGAUAGGUGUGACCAGUUAGAUGCAGCUUUGAAUGAAGCUAGUGCCCGUAUGAGAGCCCUGGAAAAUAAGAAUAAUAUGCUGGAAAAGCAAGUGACAGACUGGAGAGAGCGCUUUUAUGCAGCCAGCAAUACUUCCAAAGUUUUGCAAGAACGUAUUGAAGAAAUGCGCACAAGUAAUAAAGAUAAGGAUAACACCAUCAGCCGGCUGAAAUCUAGGCUUAAAGAUCUCGAAGAAGCAUUUGAAAAGGCUUACAAGCUAUCAGACAAUAAAGAUACUAGGUUAAAGGAAGAAAAUAAAAUGUUUCAAGAUCUUCUAGGAGAAUAUGAAUCCCUUGGAAAAGAACAUGAAAGAGUAAAGGAUACAUUAAAUGCAACUGAAAACAGAUUGCUUUAUGCAAACACCCAGAUUUCUGAUUUGAAAAGAACAAUUUCAAAACUAGAAGUUCAGCUCAAGCAGGUAGAGCAUGAAAACAUGUUGAAAUUCCGCCAUAUUACUGAAAGUCAUUUAAGAACAUCCCGUGUCAAUAGCAAGUUGGCAACCCCUGAUGUCAGCAGGCGAAAGUGGUUGAUCCCAGGAGCGGAGUAUUCGAUUUUUACAGGCCAGCCUCUGGAAAGCCAAGAAACCAAGGACAACAGACUAGAAGAAACCUACAUUCCUUCCAGGCACCAUUCUCCUCCAGAAAAGGACUCCUCACAAGAAGACUCUUCAGCAAAUGUAAUUGGAAAAAAGGAAAAUGAGGCACCUGAGACACCCAUCAUGAAAGCCUUUAAGGAACAUGAAGAACGAAAAGCAUUUAAAGAUUGGACCACGCAGACGGAAAAGGACAACACUUCCGCCAAAACGUCAAAUCGACGGCAGACUGUUGGAUUUGAUGAAACUACUUUCAUUACUAGUUGGUCCCCUGAGAAAUGUAAAGACCAACAAAGACCAAAAAGAUACAGCUCACCUAGUGGGCAGAGGUCAUCAUCUCUCCCUCCUUCCAACAGGAAGUCAAACACUCCAACAAGAAGAGAGAUAAUGUUGGCACCAGUGUCUGUGACGUACAGUCCAAAACGAUCACCAAAGGAAAACCUAUCUCCUGGAUUUAGCCACUUGCUUAGCAAAAAUGAAAACACAGUGACAAGGUUUGAUAUACUCCUGGAUGAUUUGGAUCUUGCUCCUGCUUCUACACCACAACAUAGCAAUCCAAGAAAAAGACUCCAGUUUCUCUCACUAGAUGAUAUAGAAGGAAGGCAGCAUUCUGGUAAGGGCAUCAACAGCUGUGUUAACUACAAUUCUUGCGCUGAAUCUUUGCAUCCUGGAACGAAGAAAGGAACUGUGGAGUCUGCCUGGGAAGAGAGGAAUAUAACACACAAGAAUAAAAAAUGCAUUCGGGUUAAGACACUGGCUGAAACGGAGAGACUUUUUGAUGAGCUCACACAAGAAAAGCAACAGAUUGAAGCUGCGUUAAGUCGAAUACCUUGUGCUGGGGGAAGAAUGACCUUGCAAACAAGAUUAAAUCAGGAAGCCUUGGAAAAUCGCUUGGAAAGGAUUAAUAGAGAUUUGGGUUCAAUCCGCAUGACGCUGAAACGAUUCCAUGUUUUACGUACCUCUGCAAAUAUUUGAGACUUGUGUCUAUUAAAUUUGGAUAUGCUUUGGUUUGCACUAACAUAAUUAUGCACUCAACGAAUGCAAAUUGUUUUGUAUUUUUGUAAGCCCUCAACAGUAGUUUUACAACCAUGUUAUCCUUUACACACAGCAAUAUUUUGUACUUCAGACAGCCACCUAUAUUUUAAACAUAUUUUUGUUACACUUGAGGAAUUGAUCCGUUUAUCGUGUAUUUUACUAUUUUUAAAAAUAGUAACUAUUUUUAAAUAGUGGUAUGAAUUCAAUUUAUAAUAUGAAGAAGGAAGUAAACAGAGGCAGCUUGUUUUCUGAAAACAAUCAUGUUGUUAUCCUUUUGCACUCACUUUGCUCUCCAUUUUAUAGAGCACCUGGCCUAUACUGUAAAUAGUAACUCCUAGGUAAUUUUGAACUUUUAUAUUAUUCAUAAGGCGACAUGAAGCUUCUGUGGCAAAAUCAACUACAGAUAUAUGCUAGACACCUUCUAUUGAAAGUAUGUAGCUGGGUUUUAAUUUUUCUUUUGUUGUGACUCAUUUUAAAUGCAUCUCUACACACUGGAAUUCUAUUUAAGCAUUGUUCUGUAUAAAUUAAGAGCAAGCCGUUGAACAAACAGAAGAAAAUAAACGUAUGUGGUUUUUUUUUACAGA